AUGCCCAGACCGCGGAAGCGUAGAAGAUGCAUGGCUGAGGGAGAUCCUGAGGCCCAAAGUGAGACAGAAGGCCUAAGGAAUGUUCCAAUUACAAUAGGAGAAGAAGAUUCCUCAUCCUCUUCUACUUGCUCCUCCUCCUUUCCCUCUUCCUUUUCUUCUUCCUCGUCUUCCAAUGCUGAGAUGUCAGGCACUUCAGAGGAGGGCGGUGGUGCUUCCAGAGCCUCAAGUCCUUCUCAUAGUGUUCCAGGAGCUUUGCCCUCCUACACUGCUGUGAUUUCCUCUCCAGGCAGCCAGCACAGUGUAGAGUUUGAAAGUGAGGAGAGUGAGGAGAGUGAGGAGAGUGCAGGCCCCUCCGAGGCCCUGCCAUGUGCUGCUUCAUUGUCUAAUGGUGAGAGAGAUGCAAAAGUAGACGAGUUGGUGAAAUAUCUGCUCUUUAAGUAUCUAAUGAAGGAGCCAGUCACCAAAGCAGAAAUGAUGAGUAAUGUCAUUAGAAAUUAUCAGGAUCACUUCCUGGUGAUAUUUAGAGAAGUCUUGGAGUGCAUGCAGCUAGUUUUUGGCAUUGAGAUAAAGGAAAUAGAGCCUGCUGGCAACACCUAUAUCCUUGUCAUAGCCCUAGAGCUCACCUAUGAUGGGAUCACGACUGAUGUCCAGGGCAUCCCUAAGACAGGCCUCCUGAUAAUUAUAUUGAGCAUAAUAUUUAUGGAAGGCAACUGUGCAAGUGAGGACAUGGUAUGGGGUGUGUUGAAUAAGAUUGGCUUGUAUGCUGGGGACAAACACUUUAUAUAUGGGGAGCCCAGACGCCUCAUCACGGAGCAUUUUGUGCAGGAAGGGUACCUGGAAUACAGGCAGGUGCCUGACAGCGAUCCUCCUUCCUAUGAGUUCCUGUGGGGCCCAAGGGCCCGCGCCGAAACCACCAAGAUGAAAAUACUCAAGUUUCUGGCCAGCAUCAAUGGGAGUGACCCCAGAUCAUAUCCAGUGUGGUAUGAAGAGGCUUUGAGAGAUGAGGAAGAACGGGCCUAG